GUUAGCUUGUGAGCUGAAACUUGCGUGCUUAAAUCAGACCAGUUUGGCAGCUUGGAGCGACUCCGCGCUCGGACUUUGUGCGGUUCGGAUCGGAACGGUACUCCCGCGUUAUUUCACACUUUGUUGACCCCGCAGCGGGACUUCAGGCGCCCGGGCUGACAAGUUUGUCAACAACAGGAGCUUCUGACAAAGCAGCAUCAUGUGGUGGCGUUCCACCAGGCAGGACCUCCGGCUCCCUGGGAUUUAACUGCACAUCUCUGAUUUAAACUGGACCGCCUGCAAUCAGUUUGGGUGAAUUUUCCCGACAUGACAUGCUGAUCUGAGCGGGGCUUCACCUUGACUAUUCUCUGACUAAGCCGGGAUAAAUAAAUUCUUGCAGACGAUGUAGUAGCCGUUGUUUCCUGAGAGCUCCUGUUGUUGCGAUGGCCGCUGCCAGCUCUCCAGAGAAGCAUCAGCCGCUGCUGCAGCUCCAGGAGGUGGACUCCAGCCGAGUCGGCAGUCGCAUGUUGUCUCCUGCUUUGACCCACGAAGCCUGCCAGCCCAUCUGCAUCCCGGCGCCGUACACCGAUCUGGGCCACGACUUCACCCCCAUCUCUUUCUACAGUCCAACAAUUUUCAGCUACGCUGGCCAGAGCAUUUCAGAGUGUCAGUCUGUCCAUCCGUCACUGAGCGCCUCUUUGUUCUGGCCCAGGAGCGGCCAUGUUGGAGCGGCCCUGCCGCUGCACCGCUCCCCGGGCCGAGCCCAGCACGGCCAGGCCGUCCAGAACCCCUGGGAGAACGUCCUGACCAGCAGUAAGAGCACGAAGAAGCUGUCGCAGGAGAACGAGGACGCCGUGGUGUCUUCAGGCGGGAAGGGCGACCUUCACUACUGCGCCGUGUGUCACGACUACGCGUCGGGGUAUCACUACGGCGUGUGGUCAUGUGAGGGCUGCAAGGCCUUCUUCAAGAGGAGCAUCCAAGGUCAUAACGACUACAUCUGUCCAGCAACCAAUCAGUGCACUAUAGAUAAGAACCGACGCAAGAGCUGCCAAGCGUGUCGCCUUCGCAAAUGCUACGAAGUUGGCAUGACCAAAUGUGGGAUCCGAAAGGAGCGUGGGAACUGCAGGAGCACGCUGGUGAGGCGGGUGACCCGGUUGUCCGCCCAGGGGCGAAUCAGCAGACCCAGGGUGAUGAGCAGGCCGGUGGAGGGUUCGUUAAACGAGCCUGUAGAACCUGGACUGACGCCGGAGCAGCUGAUCGAGCGGAUCGUGGAGGCGGAGCCGCCGGACAUCUACCUCAUGAAGGACAUGAAGAGGCCGCUGACGGAGGCGGACGUGAUGAUGUCACUCACCAACCUGGCUGACAAGGAGCUGGUUCACAUGAUCGGCUGGGCCAAGAAGAUUCCAGGCUUUGUGGAGCUCUGUCUGCUGGACCAGGUCCAUCUGCUGGAGUGCUGCUGGCUGGAGGUGCUGAUGAUGGGGUUGAUGUGGAGAUCCUUGGACCAUCCAGGGAAACUCAUCUUCUCCCCCGACCUCUGCCUGAGCCGGGAGGAGGGCAGCUGCGUCCAGGGCUUCGUGGAGAUCUUCGACAUGCUGAUCGCCGCCACGUCCAGAGUGCGAGAGCUCAAGCUGACGAGGGAGGAGUACGUCUGCCUCAAGGCCAUGAUCCUCCUCAAUUCCAACAUGUGCCUGAGCUCAAACGAAGGCAGCGAGGAGCUGCAGAGUCGCUCCAAGCUGCUGCGCCUCCUGGACUCGGUCACCGACGCUCUGGUGUGGGCCAUCGCCAAAAGCGGCCUGACCUCCCGCCAGCAGUACACGCGCCUCGCCCACCUCCUGAUGCUGCUCUCACACAUCCGCCACGUCAGCAACAAAGGCAUGGACCACCUGCACUGCAUGAAGAUGAAGAACAUCGUGCCUUUGUACGACCUGCUGCUGGAGAUGCUGGACGCUCACAUCAUGCACAGCUCCCGCCUCCCUCGCCGGCCCGCCCAGCAGGAGUCCACGGAUCAGCCGGAGCCGGCGUCCGGUGGCGGCCCGUCCAACACCUGGACUCCCAGCAGCGCCGGAGUCGGGGUCGAAGCCCAGUGUUCAGAUUAAAGCUCAGAUCCGACGACCUCUCACUGGACCGACGCUUUUCGGGAGCAAUCUGCAAAGACCGAGAGCUGGAUUCUCUGACCACUGGUGAAUCUUCAACACACUGUGCACUGCUGCUGGUGAGUUCUCAGAGGACAGACCGGACCUGGAAACAGGCCGUCGUUCUGACACGCAGCGUCAGGACUUUCACCUUCUGAACUCUCGCUUCUAACACAUAGGGCUUCAUGUUAAUCAUCGUGGAUCACUCAGCCUUCACUGCGACAGACAGUGGUACGUUAUUUUACUCCUGUAGAGUUGCGUUGUCACAACUUUUAACAGCAAAGAGAACUCGAUUAGAUUCAAAUAGUAUUUUUUUUCUAUGAUUGAAUUUACUGAGAGGGAAAAAAAGCUUUGCAAACCAACCUGGAUCUAUGUGAAAAAGUACAUUUCUCAAAGUUUUUAUAUAACAAUUAUCCAAAGAUGAGUCAAAGAAUAAUCCAUGAGUUCACAAAUUUUUUUUAAAUAGAUCUACAUAAGUGCAGGCCCCACUUAACUUAAAAAUUAGGGGAAAAAAAUGGGCAAAAAUAAAUUUAAAGGCCUUUAUUAUAAAAUCAGUUCCAAAUAUUAUACUUAAAAUAAAAAGCUUAAUUUUGGAAUGACCUAAAUCUGACAGAUUUGCGGCAAUUAAUCAACUGGAGUAUCAAGACUCCAAAAAAAAGGCAAUUUGCUGAAAUAUAAUACAUAAUAUAAAUAUAUACAUAUAUAAGAUAAUACAAAACUGUAUUAAAAUUUAUACAUUUUGCAUAAAAGAUGAAAUAAAAGAUGUAAAUAUGUUCUAGUCAAAACUUAAAUGAAAAAUUUGCAGAAUGCCAAUUUUUUUUUAAACUGAUUAUUCAUCAAAAUAAUUACUUGCGGCACUAAUUGAGAGUGAAAAAACAUGGAAGCUUAUUGACUCUUUACAACCACGUCACUAAAUCAUUGGAGGCGCCAUGAUGGACGUCGGGAGUGUUGAACAGAGCAACUGGAAAAUGUUUUCCUAAGUUGUUUUUGUCAGUUUAUUCAUGGUUUCUACUUGUUAGAAUAAUUUGUCCGUGAACAUGACACACCUGGUUGGGCUCAUAGAGGUGAUAUUUACAGAAGUUGGUCAUGGCUAGUGCAACCGUCCUCGCUCGGUUGUCACCUUCUAGUUGCGACACAGAAUAAAUCACUCUUCACAAUGUGACUUCUAACUGCAUGCAAGCGGCCCCACAGCUGAAAAAUAAAAGACACUGUUAGUGUCGUGACUGAGUGUUCAGCCACCAACACCAACUGGCGCAGCUCCAACUCAUAGGGUCAUAUUUUUCCAGCCCAACCACGAGAAAACUGUACAAAUUAUAUUCGUAGAUAUUAGAUGUUCUUGCAGUAUUUGGUUAAUAGUUUAACUAGAAAAAUAUGACCGCAAGUAAAAAAAUAAAUAAAUAAAAAAAAGUAGUGAAGAGCUGCUUCACUAACACCUACCUCCACCAGCGUUCCUCAGGAUUCUGGUGGGGAAGCCGUGAGAGCGCCUGAAGGACCCAUUGCAUAGUUACUCAUCACACCACUAGGUGGUUCUAAACAUAUGCAUCGAUUAAAAAUCUCAUUAUAAAUACAUACUGUUAUUAUAAUUUUGGUUAAAAUUCACAUAUAUACACACUUUUCUCUCUACUACACUAGCUUAGAAACCGACCCGUUCCUCCUCCCUCCUGACGUGUUGAUCAAAUUACCGACUUUGCGUGACGAUUUAUGUCACUAUGUCCUAAACAACGUUUCCCCUUAAACCGGAGCAGCACUAAAAACGGCACAAAAGACGAGAUGCUAACCAGUUUUUUCCACACAUGCUAGGCUACAAGACUCUGCGGCAUCGUCUCCAUGGUUACCAACGGUUAGACGCGCACCUUUGCCAUAGUGCGAUAUUUCAUAUCUGUCAUCAUAAUUACUUAUAAAGUAAAUUAACGUUAAUCUUAUUACCUUGUAAAAAGUGUUCACUGCGAAUCAGUGAUUUCGCCGAGGGCUGACGGUCUUAUGAUUGACGGCUGCUGUCCAUCUCCGCCGUAUCUUUCCUCAUUAAAAGUUGUUCAAUAAAAUGGUUUCUAUCCCUGUCUAUUUGUGCAGCGCCCUAUGACCAUUUUUAAAGUGAAAUCAACUAAAUAGAAGCGAUAUUAGGUUAUAGAUGUCUGUUUUUAGACGGGCUCUAAAGGAGCGCGAUGGUCCGUCAUGGCGGAGUGGGCGGAGUUCUGGAGUCCGUGACGUCACGUGCAAAGAGUCAACAGUUUCACAUAAAAUCAGGUUGGAUGUUUUGGUUUCUCUCUAAAUAAAUUAAAUCUUUUUUUUUUUUUUUUUUUUUACAUUUAAUUUAAUCUGGAAUAUGAAAAUUUGACAAAAAUAAAUAAAUAAAUCUGUAUGGAGGCAAUUACUUUUUCACAGCACUGUACAUCAAGGCUUGUAUUCUUGGAAGUAAUUACAUUUUCUGCAUAAAUGACAUAAAACCACUAGAUUUCUCAUCACUCCUCACAGCUUCUUUUUUUUUUUACUGCAGUGUAAUUUACAAACAGAAAUGCCUUUAAAACGUGUUAGAAUUUUAACAGAAAUCAGAAUUUCUGUUAUUUUUUUGCUGUUAAUCCUUUAAAAAUUAAAGUAUUAUGAAUCAACAAGGCAUAAAACGGGAUCUGGCGGACAGAAAUGUGCACUUAUGAAAAAAAAAAACAAGAACGAUUCUUAAACUGUAAAGAAAAGAGAAUAAAAAGCUGCUACUAGAGCUCCAACCAAUAAACUACCACUUUGGUGAAAUCUUUUAGAUUUUGGCUUAAAAAAAGUUAUUUCUUGUCACUUUUUGAGGUAAUUAUAAAAUUAUAAAGGACAACCCAGGACCCACGUCUCCUCAGGGCACUUCAGCUACAAAACAACAAAAAAAAAAGUUUAAAUGCUUUUCCCCUUUAGCCUGUUUUCCUGAACUGGAAACGUUAUUUUAGAAGUAUCAUUUUAAGUCGAGUUUAUGCAAAUAAAAACAGUUUUUAAGUGUUUGAAGCCAAGCAGAUAUAAGAUUUUGAAGUAAAAUGUCAAAUGUCAAUGUCAAUGUCAAUGUCAAAUUUAUUUAUAUAGCACUUUAAAACAGGCAUAGAAGUUCUCUGUCCGUGUUUAUCAAACUCACAAAUUCAAUGAGAUUCAAACACUAGUUCAAUUAAAUGCCAAGGAAUAAAAAUGAGUUUUAAGAAGCGAUUUAAAAUGAUCCAGGCUGUGGGCAGAUCUAAUUUGGAGAGGUAGAUUGUUCCAUAGAGAAGGAGCAACAGCAGAAAAAGCCCGAUCUCCUUUCCUCUUAUAUAACUUUAAGGUUUGGAUGAUUGUUGGGUUUUAGGAACACGGACUGAGAUUUUAAAAGUUCAGAAAAUGUGAGCUAAAUGCCAUUUAAAGCUUUAUAAGUUAAUAAGAGAAUCUUAAAAUCUAUUCGAUAAAAACAGGCAGCCAAUGUAAAGAGGCCAGUAUGGGCCUUAUAUAGUCAGGAGAAACCCUGGAAAUAUUCCUGUAAAUAUGCAUUCUGGAUCAUUUGAAUUGUGAUUUAUCCAGACCUCUAUAUAAUGAAUUGCAAUAAUCCAAACGAGAUGUGAUGAAGGCAUGGAUAAGUCCUUCAAAGUCUUUUAAACAAAAAUAAGAUUUAACUUUAGCUAAAAUACGCAGGUGAUAAAAACUUGAUCUAACGACAGAGCUAACUUGUUUAUCUAGCUUUAAACAACUAUCAAAAGUAAAACCAAGAUUCCUAGCAGAGGUCUGACAUCACCGUGUAACUCAUGGCCUGCAGAAUAAUUUAUGUUCGGCUACUUUAGGUGAUUUUUACAUGGCGGAGUUCUCUGUCCGUGUUUAUCAAACUCACCAAAUUCAAUGAGAUGAAAAUAAUUUUUAUUUCAAGCAGAGGUAUGUUGAGGAAGCCGUAACUGUGAAUCUACACUGCUUUAGAUCUAUAACAAACCAGAAUUGUUUGCAUUUUUUUAAUAUAUAACUUUAAGGUUUGGAUGAUUGUUGGGUUUUAGGAACUACAGUGUAUCAAACUACAGAUUCUCAAAUUCAGAAAAUGUGAUAAAUGCCAGGAAAUGUAAAAAAAAAAAAAUCACUUGUAAUGGAA